AGGAUUGAUUCGGUCAUGAUAGCAGUGGUUUUCAAGGAAUGUGCGAUGGCAAGGGGCAAGAAGAGGUUGCGGGAGAGAAGGGAGAAUGUGACGGAGCAAGGAAAGGGCCACAGGGCCACCGCGAGGCUCCCGACUGAGCACCGCAAGGCUGCCCCAGCAAAGACGACAGAAUGCGCCUUAGCUCAUCGAUCCUUUUCCAUAUGUGCGAAUCUGAAUGGCAACUGCAACUACAUCGCCGCGCCCACGUAAGUCCGUUGUAGUCUGCGAGCAGCUUAUAACCCAACUCACUCGCGACCUGUCGGAUACGUUACAAUCCACGUUAAAACCGGUGGCAGCUCUACGAUCGGGGUGUCUGGCUGCUAAUAACAACCCUCAUACUGGUAAUACUAACUACACUAUAUUUCUAAUCGUACGAGAUUCCCGUUCAGCUCAAGGCCACCCAGCUGGAGGCCACCCAGCUCAGAAAACACCAUUCCAGGAAGGUAAUUACUGGGACACUCUUGACACUCUCCUAUCACGGUGUCAGCUGCGUUACUUUGCAUUCGGAGUCCCCUCCUGGUUUUUUAACUCGCUAAUAUACCGCUUAGGCGAAAAUAGGAUUCAGUCUGCAGAGUUGGCCACAGGCAGCAGACAUUGAUUAUUACAUCGACGGCCGACAUCGUACAGCCACGGAUAAUGUUCGGCUGACGAACGAUAGCUCAUACUCGGAAGACUAUCAGUCUGGUUCCUGUGUCAAACCAUUGCCGGAGGUGAUACGCAGAGCUUUAUUAGUAGAACCAAAAAACAAAUGCCAUCGCGGUUUUAGCGCUC